CUGAGUGUACUAAGGUAUUAAGAACUCCAGACUGACAGCCAUCAUGGGGAAGAACUUGGCACCCCAAGAUGACUGUGAAGCUUUCGCCCUAGCCUGACUUCAGCUGUCAAUUACCCUUUACUUCUAGACUGGCCAUCUAGCUAGAUGGAACACUUGUUGACUAGGUAAAGGUAAAAAGCCUUGAAAAAUGCCAGCCAUGAGGAGCUUGAGCCGAGCUGUCAAGCAGGUGCUGCAGAAACCUGGCUGUGGCUGUCAAGUUGCUGUUGUGCCGGUUAGGUGUCUUGGUUUCUCACCACGGCAGGUAGCCUCAGACGCCAGCUUUCACUCGGUGUCGUUCUCAGAAUCGGACCAUCCACGGGUGUUAAUUACAGGGGGACUUGGCCAACUUGGAGUAGGACUUGCUAAGCUCUUGAGAAAACGCUUUGGAAAGAACAAUGUAAUCCUAUCAGAUAUUAGGAAGCCCCCUGAUAAUGUCUUUCAUAGCGGUCCUUUCAUCUACUCUGACAUUUUGGACUACAAGAACCUCCGUGAGAUAGUGGUGAACAACCGGAUUACGUGGCUGUUUCAUUACAGCGCUUUGCUCAGUGCCGUUGGAGAAGCCAAUGUCCCUUUGGCAAGAUCUGUGAAUAUCACUGGAUUGCACAACAUUCUUGAUAUUGCUGCUGAGCACAGCUUGAGACUCUUUGUCCCCAGCACAAUUGGAGCAUUUGGACCCACGUCCCCUAGGAACCCAACUCCCGAUCUCUGCAUCCAGAGGCCAAGGACAAUCUACGGUGUUUCCAAAGUUCAUGCUGAGCUCAUGGGAGAAUAUUACCAUUACAGGUAUGGACUAGACUUCCGGUGCCUAAGAUACCCUGGCAUUAUCUCAGCUGAUUCCCAGCCUGGCGGGGGAACAACUGAUUAUGCCGUCCAAAUCUUCCAUGAUGCGAUGAAGACGGGCAAGUUCCAGUGCAACCUCAAACCAGAUACCCGCCUCCCAAUGAUGUACAUUGAUGACUGCCUGAGAGCUACCUUGGAGAUCAUGGAAGCCCCUGCUGAAGGGCUGAGCAUGAGGACAUACAACAUCAGCGCUUUGAGUUUUACUCCCGAGGAGCUGGUUCAAGAGGUCCAGAAGCAUAUUCCAGAACUUGAAGUUUCCUACAAAGUAGAUGCUGUCAGACAAGCCAUAGCUGACAGCUGGCCGAUGAUUUUUGACGACAGCAAUGCUCGCCAAGAUUGGGGAUGGAAACACGAUUAUGAUCUACCAGACCUGGUGAACACCAUGUUCACCUUCCUCGACUCAACCCGCUCCAUUUCCAGGGUUGCCCAGGUCAACUGACUCUCCAGGUGUGAUGCAGCCUCAAGUGAUCAGCUGGCAAGACCUGGGCAGAACCAUACUGAGUGUUCAUCUGUUUUGAAGUCUUGAAGCAGUACAGCACCAGAAUACCAUCUUCUAGGAAGGCUUGCUCAUGUCUCCGUUCAUCUUUCUUCCUGUUUGCCCCCCAUCUCCUGUGCACCCACAUAGAUAAUUUCAAAAGCACUUCUGGAUGCUGUGUAGCUCCUGGGUUUCACAGAAAAACAUCAUUCCUGACUCCUAAUGUGCAACUUGAUUGCCACAGGCUCCAACAAAUGUUCACAGGGACAGUCUCCUCUCCCUCUUGAGUUCCUCUUCCAUGUGAUCAAAUAUUUGGCUUAGUUACUGGAUGAUAUUCUGUGGAAUUGUAUUCACAUAGAGAUAUUACAGGCUCUCACUAUUUGCACUUUCUGGAAACAAUUGGGGAUAUUUCUGUUCUGAUAGGCUGGAUAAAUGAGUCUUUACUUUCUCCUGUUUUCACCUUGUUUUAAAUGUGUUUGCGUUCUUGACUUUUAAAUUAUUUUAUGUGCACAUCUCCUUGAGACCUUAUUCCAGGUUGCAGUUGAUACAUUGAUUGAGGGUCUUGAGGAUGACAUGUACACUGUGGUCUUAACCCUGAAGCUGCUACGAUAAUGGGAAUAGACAGCGGGUGAUCAUUAUGGGGAGAAUGGACUCAAUCUACAGGGUGAACAGGUCAUCUGUGGGGCUCACCUUAAGCACACAUUGCCGGUCAGCUGAGCGUCCAGUUGUGUUGAUCCUGGGGUGCAAUCUUAAAAUAAACAAGUCUGCCCUUGCAAAAUAAAGAGCAAUGUUUAUUCACUUCAUCUUUUGGAUAACAUGGCUGCGGGUAUAGGAUGGUAUACAGAUUUAAGUGGUAGUAAUAAUAAUAAUGGCUGAUGCCAACUCCAGGUGUUCUAGGCUGAUGCAGAUUAUCUUCGCCAUUUAGGGAUGAAGAUUUCCUUGAGAGUUAGAAAUAUAGUUAUAUUAGCAUCUUUCACUUGACAAUCCUUUUGGACCAUGUCUGUAGGCUUGAUAUUUUAGACACUCAAAAUAUGGGGUGGGGAGAAGCUGGCAUGGGAGAGGCAUUUUUAACCCAACUGCAUGUAUUAUCUUUCUCUCUUGCCCCUGCCACUGGUUCAGGGACACGAUAUGUUUCUGAAUACAAGUUGCCAGGAAGCAGAAGCAGCAGGAAAGGGCUAUGUCUCACCUGUAGGCUCUGGGGUCAUCUGCUUGUCCACUGUUGAAAGUAAGAUGCUGGACCACACAGAUGUCUUUGGCCUGAUCCAGCAGGCUUCCUGCAUUCAGCAUCUUCAUAUAAGAAGUACAUAAUGACACAUGGGCUAUCUACUGCAACCACCUCUCCCUUUCUCAGUUAAGUACCAGGAUACACUUCUUUCAUUCGUUUCUUACCCAAAAUACUUUCAUCUGAAAAAACUGUGUGUUGCCAUGUUCAGAUUUUGCCCAUAAUAUUUACUGUUCCAAGAGAAAUUUGAACUUCUGGUCAAUUCUUUGUUGCCAAACAGUUCAAAUUUUAAAAGAUUUGGCCCAGUGGGUCUUACAAAGUUGAACUUGAUCAAAUGCGUUUUAGGGCUCCUCAAGAUCUCAAGGGGUAACUCGCCAGCACCUGUCAUUCUUGUUUUGCUUUCUCCAUUUCCUUUAACUACAUUCAAUGAACAAUAUAAAUAAGAAGCAGUAAUUCACGAGCAAAAUGUUUCCCAGUGUCCUUUAUCCUGUGAUGAUGAGAGGGGAAUAAGAGGAGGUGUCAAGAAGUCAAACAUACCAUCAUGAUCUAUGUUAAGAUUUGGGCUGUAGAUGCAGUUACUAUUCAUAUGAGGACACAUUUAAGAGGGUUCUGUCAUUUGGGUUUUGCCUCCAAUGUGCAGUGCAACUAAAUCCUGUUGGUUUACAGCCUGAUGUAUUUAGUUGGAAGUAAGCAAACCACCUCAUUCUGCACCUUUCCAAGUUCUGCAGUUUUGUUUUAACAAAAAUAAAUUCCUGUUUCUGAGAAGAGCUUUGCUACUUGGCUUCUGUAUCACUUAUGUGCCAGUUUUUAGGAUUUUGUCUUCUCUCUCCACUGCCCCCCCCCCAAAUCUAGUGUAAGACAUCAGUAAUGGUUACUUGAAUAAAAUCCUAAAUGCAAAGG